GAAGUGGAUUCUCUCCGUAGUUCCAGCUCUCCAGGACCCCCUAGCUUUUCUCUGCACCGGUUACGUUUGCAGGCGGGUUGAGGCGGUGACGUCAUAUCCGGGGCGGCCAUUUUUUUCCGGCUAGGGCUAGCGGUUCGUACGGGUGGGAGCCCGGCGAGCUGGCUGUGACCUGUCAGCAUCAUGUCCGACUUCGACAGCAACCCGUUCGCGGAUCCCGACCUGAACAACCCGUUUAAGGUGAACCAGGGAGGAGGGGAUCCUUCGGUUACACAGGUGACCAGAAAUGUACCCCCCGGGUUAGAAGAGUAUAAUCCAUUUUCGGAUUCCAAAACACCUCCACCAGAAAAAGUAAAAAUGCCAACGGCGGCCCCCAGCACACAGCCAGCUAUAAUGAAGCCUACAGAAGAGCCUCCAGCAUAUACUCAAAUUGCAAAAGAACAUGCUCUGGCCCAAGCUGAACUUCUGAAGAGACAAGAGGAGUUGGAGAGGAAAGCGGCAGAAUUGGAUCGCAGGGAACGGGAAAUCCAGAGCCUAAACCAAUCUGGUGGAAGAAAGAAUAAUUGGCCACCACUUCCUACAAACUUCCCAGUCGGUCCAUGUUUUUACCAAGACUUCUCAGUGGAUAUUCCUGUGGAAUUUCAGAAGACUGUGAAGAUUAUGUACUACCUGUGGAUGUUUCAUACAGUCACCCUUUUUGUAAAUAUUUUUGGUUGCCUGGCCUGGUUCUGCGUUGAUACAAGCCGAGGGGUUGACUUUGGGUUGGCAAUCCUGUGGUUUUUGCUUUUCUCUCCCUGCUCAUUUGUUUGCUGGUACAGACCACUUUAUGGAGCAUUCAGGAGUGACAGUUCUUUCAGGUUCUUUGUGUUUUUCUUUGUGUACAUCUGUCAGUUUGCUGUGCAUGUCCUCCAAGCUGCUGGAUUUAAAGGCUGGGGUAACUGUGGCUGGAUUUCUGCAUUAACUGCACUGAACAAUAAUAUUCCAGUGGGGAUAAUGAUGAUUAUAAUUGCUGCCCUAUUCACAGCUUCUGCAGUAAUAUCACUAGCAAUGUUUAAAAAGGUACAUGGACUGUACCGGACAACAGGCGCCAGCUUCGAAAAGGCCCAACAAGAAUUUGCUACAGGGGUUAUGUCCAACAAAACCGUGCAGACUGCUGCAGCCAAUGCUGCUUCUUCAGCCGCAAACAAUGCUGCCCAGAAUGCUUUCAAGGGUAACCAGAUGUAAGAGGGCCAGCUACAAUUGACCAUUACCAGUUAUCUCUGUCCAGUCACGCUCCUCUCCUCCAGCCGUGUUUGCAGCACCCACAAAAGACUAUAAAUUGCACUCGCCAUGUGUAUUUGCUACAUUCAGGCCCAUUCAGUGCCAGUUGGAAUUGGAAUGUCACAUAUGAUUGCGGGCACUUCAUGGGCAUAUUGGUUGUGCAUGGUCUGAACCAAUAAUGAAUCUCUUGUACACCCCUCCCCAUCUUUAUUUUCUUCAGCCUGCAGUCCUCUGCACCCAACAUUGUAUAAAUAAUAUCUGGUGGAUUAAUAUAGUGAGAAUAUGGCGUUUGUAGAUUGGAAUUGUGAUGAGGUCCUAAAUAGAGAGAGUAUUUUCUGAUUUUUA